CAUUGACCAUUGUGGUGAAAUCUUGAAUGGUUUCCCUCUUUCUCAUUUCUGUUACUCCUUUUUCAGUGAAAGAAUUCAUUUAUUACCCCUCAGAAGAAGAAGAAGAGAAAUAAUUUCUGGGUCGGUCUAUUUUCUAUCACAUUGAGAAAAAAAUCCAGUCUUGGCAUGCUGGGGUUUGAAGGUUUUAUCCCAGGGGAGUCUCCAAGAGUAGAAGUGACUACCUGUGGACAUGACUCAUGAGCGGUCCAAGAGUUUUCUGGAUGUACGAGAAAAGGAAGAAGAUAGUUUCAUCCAUAAUUUUGAUGCGUCGUAUGGUUUGAAGUUGGAUAUGGAGCACUCAGAUGAUUCCAUGAAGAGAAAGAAGAAACCACUGUCAUCUAACACCAUGGUCCAAAGUUCACUUAGGCAAGAUAUAAUGCAACUGGAGAAAAGACUGCAGAGCCAACUUGCUGUGCGGUGUGCUCUGGAGAAAGCAUUAGGGUAUAGGUCAACUUCUCAGAACACCACUGAUGAAAUCUCAAUUCCUAAGCCUGCCACAGAACUGAUUAGAGAAAUAGCUGUAUUAGAGUAUGAAGUGGGGAAUUUGGAAAAGUACCUCCUUUCAUUAUACCGGAAAGCAUUUGAUCCUCAGAGUUCAACCCCCUCCCCACCUCCCGAACAUGAUGACAAGCUAAAAUCCCCAGUAAGCACCCCAAGAAGGAGAAGGCUCGAUUUUUCAAAACCGGGUGAGAUAUUGAAGAGUGAAACCCCCACAAUUGAACAUAAAGAAAGCUAUGGCAUGGCAGAAGACAAGCUUUCAGAUUCUAGAGUUAAGCGGAGUCAUUCCUCCCUCUCUCAGCAUUCAGAUUUGUCAAGCAGAACUUCCCCUCCUCAAGAAAAAGCCAUGAGUACUUUUCAUUCUCAGCCCCUAUCUAUGAUGGAGGACACACGAAAUGCUUCUUCAAAUAUAAUCAGCUUGGCAGAUCAUCUAGGAACCCAUAUUUCUGAUCAUAUUCCAGUGUCACCAAACAGGUUGUCAGAGGAGAUGAUAAAGUGCAUGUGCACUAUAUACUGCAAGCUAGCUGAUCCAACAAGAACAACUCAGGAUCUUUCAUCUCCAACAUCAUCUUUCUCAUCAGUAACUGCAUUUUCUCCAAAAGACCAGCGCGAAAUAUGGAGUCUUGGAAUUAGACAUGGUUCGUCUUUUGAUGUCCGUUUGGAUAAUCCUUUCCACGUUGAAGGGUUGAAGGAGUUCAGUGGUCCUUACAGCUCAAUGGUAGAAAUACAAUGUAUCUACAGAGAUCAUCAGAAAGUCCGUGAUAUUGAGCCCUUUUUACAGAAUUUCAAGUUACUUAUAUCCCGAUUAGAAGAAAUGGAUCCUCGAAAGUUGACUCACGAGGAGAAACUUGCAUUCUGGAUUAACAUACACAAUGCAUUGGUGAUGCAUGCAUUUUUGGCAUACGGAGUUCCACAAAACAGCAUGAAGAGAUCAAUCCUUCUCUUGAAGGCGGCCUAUAAUGUUGGGGGCCACGUAGUUAGUGCCGAUGCUAUUCAGAAUUCUAUUCUCAAGUGCCGACCCCCUCGACCCGGGCAGUGGAUUCGCUUGCUACUCUUAUCGAGAGGCAAGUUUAAGGCCGGGGAUGAACGCCAGGAAUAUGUGAUCAAACAUCCAGAACCGCUCGUGCAUUUCGCAAUGUGAUCAACCAUUCCGAUCCUGUGGUCCGAGUAUACACGCCGAAAAGAAUAUAUCAAGAGUUGGAAACAGCAAAAGAAGAGUACAUCAGGGCCACAUUUGG